AUGUAUGAACCGAUCUUCCGCACAUGUUUUCGCCGCUUGCUGGGCGAGCUUGCGGAAGAUGGUAUCAGCUAUGUGGAAUUCCGUAUCGCGCGGCUUUCUUUCACGCUGGAAGGACAAGAUGAACCCGAAGAGACUGGUGAGGGGUUCUGCGCAUUAUUUGAAGAGGAAGUUGCGCGGUUCCAGCAGACCGAGGCAGGAAAAUCUUUCCAUGGGGCGCGGAUUAUCUGGUCUGGGCUCCGGUUCAUGGACAACAUAGAUCUUGUCGAUAGCAUGAAGCAAGGUAUUGAGUUAAAGAAGUCGUUCCCUGAACUGAUCUGCGGCUACGACUUAGUUGGCCAAGAGGAUACAGGGCGGCCACUGGUUGACCUUGUCCCACUCCUAUUUUGGUUUAAAAAGCAAUGCGCAGAAGAAGGGGUCGAUAUGCCGUUCUUUUUCCACGCUGGCGAGUGCUUAGGAGAUGGCGACGAUACAGACCACAACCUUUUCGACGCAAUUCUCCUUGGAACAAGGCGAAUUGGCCAUGGAUUCUCGCUUUUCAAGCAUCCUUUGCUUAUCGAUUUGGUCAAAGAGAAGCAGAUUCUCAUUGAAUGUUGCCCUAUCUCGAAUGAGAUUCUCCGACUUACAAGCACGAUCAAGUCCCACCCGCUACCUGCGUUGCUAUCCCGCGGGGUUGCUGUAUCGCUUUCCAACGAUGAUCCUGGAAUUCUUGGCCACGGUCAAAACGGACUAACGCAUGACUUUUGGCAGGCCGUACAGGGGUUGCAGAAUGUGGAUCUUGCCGGUCUUGCCAUGAUGGUCCAGAACUCGAUCCGCUGGAGCUGCUUUGAAGACCAGUCGACGGCACAAUGGAAAAAGGAUGUUAAAGACGGGAUCUUAGGCGAAGGAUUGAAGGCUACGCGACUAAAGGAAUGGUGGUCUGAAUUUGAGAAGUUCUGUGAAUGGGUAGUGAUGGAAUUUGCCGAGUUUGAUGAGGAGAACGAUUAG